AUGGGGAACUAUAUUUCAUGCACUCUAGCUGCCCCUUUGAUCAAGAACAAUAAGGCUGCAGCGAGGGUGAUCUUUCCGGGUGGUGAAGUCCGACAGUGCCGUGAACCCGUCAAUGCCGCCGAGCUGAUGUUUGAGUGCCCCAACUUUUUCCUCGUCAACUCCAGGUCCCUUCACAUUGGCAGGAGAUUCUCCGCCCUCAGCGCCGACGAGGAGUUAGAGUUUGGCCACGUGUACAUCAUGUUUCCUAUGAAGAGAGUGAAUUCUAUGGUCACGGCAGCGGAUAUGACUGUUUUUUUCAUGGCAGCCAACUCGGCGGCUAAACGGAUAUCCGGUGGAAAGAUCGGGAUAUUGCCCGAUUCGCGUUUCGCACAAGAUGGCGCAGCUUUGGCGGCGGCGGCCACUGCAGAGGACGGUGAGAUUGGAGGUUCAAGAUUGAGUUUGGAUGCAGGAAUUGACGAGCUUUCAAUGCCAGAGUUCAAGUAUAGGAUAUCUGUGUGCAGGUCAAGGAAGCCCUUGUUAGAGACCAUCAAGGAAGAGCCAUGCAAUUUGUUUGAGAUAAGAUAA